UAGUUGAAUAAUGCCAUCGAUUUUUACAGUGAAAUCUCAUAUUGAUCAACUGCACUCUACAUUAUACAAGCCGAGCUAUCAAUUCAUUGGAAGAAAUGGCCAAAAAGCAAGUUAGUUAGAUGGAAGAAAAAAGUCAAAAAAAGGUGGGCUGUAUUUGAUGGUACAGUCUUGUUAUGGGUCCCAGACUCUCGAAGUGGUUCGUAGUACUGCUUCUGAUGGACCAAGGGAUAGGCUAAGCGCGUACUCUUUCUUUAUUAUCUUCCUUCCUCAACAACUCCGCUGCCUCCUCCCUCUCAGAGUCUCUCCCUUCUCCGCCAAGGGUUCAACCCCCACCCACCGAACCUACAGAAAAUGGCUGAAGUUGCCUUUAUCUUGGUAGCAAAGGCCUCAGAGAAGCUUGAGCUUCUUGUUUACAAAGAGUUCAGCUUGGCAUGGGGUUUCAAAAACGAUCUGAAAAAGCUUGAGCGCACUAUGUCAAUCAUUAGAGAGGUUCUCCUGGAUGCCCAAAACAAGCAAGCAAGUGACCGCCUGCUGAGGCUCUGGCUAGGGCAACUCAACGAUAUCCUUUAUGAUGCUGAGGAUUUGCUUGAAGAAAUUGAGUACCAAGCUUUAAGGAAGCAAGUUGUGGCCACAUAUGGGAGUACUUUUACAAAGGUACGCCAUUUGUUUUCAUCCUCUAUGACGCGUGCAUUCCCUUUCAAACUGGCUCAUAAAAUCAAGGCCAUUAGAGAGCGGUUAGAUGAGAUUGCUGCCGAUAAGGAUCAGUUUAAUCUCACCAUAAUACAUGGAGAUGCACAUAUCAUGCGGCCGUUGAGGGACCCGACCCACUCAUUUGUUCAUCCAUCAACUGUAAUCGGUAGAUAUAAGGACAAAGAAAAUAUCAUAAAUCUUUUGAUGCACCCAGAUGGUAGCAAAAAUGUCAAUGUAAUUUCCAUAGUUGGGUUAGGAGGUUUGGGGAAGACCACACUUGCCAAGUUGGUGUACAAUGAUGGACGUGUACUUGAGACUUUUCAAUUGAGAAUGUGGGUUUGUGUGUCUGAAGAUUUUAGUGUUGCAAGAUUGAUAAAAGAAAUCCUUAAAUCUGCACGUUGUACAAUUGAUCCUGAUUGGAGUGUGGAUACAUUGCAAACUGAAUUGAGACAACAAUUAAGGGAUAAGAAAUUUUUACUUGUCUUAGAUGAUGUCUGGAAUGAAGAUCGUAAUAAAUGGAUUGAAUUGAGAGAUUUGUUAAUUGGUGGGUCCGAAGGAAGUAAAAUUAUAGUGACAACACGUAGUAACUUGGUUGCCUUCGUUAUGAGCACCGAUUUCACAUACAAUUUACAAGGUCUAUCCCAACAUGAUUGUUUGUCUUUGUUUGUGAAAUGUGCAUUUAAGGAAGGAGAAGAGAAACAACAUCCAAACCUCUUAGAAAUUGGAAACCAAAUUGUGCGAAAAUGUAAAGGGGUUCCGUUGGCAGUGAGGACUUUAGGUAGCCUGCUUUAUUCAAAAGUUAAUGAAUGGGAGUGGGAAUUUGUGAGAGAUAACGAGAUAUGGAGAUUAGAACAAAAGGAGAGUGACAUCUUACCUGCAUUGAAAUUGAGUUACGAUCAAAUGCCAAUUCACUUGAAACGAUGCUUUGCCUUUUGUUCUCUUUUCCCAAAAGACUACGAAUUCUAUUCGUAUCAUUUGAUUCGACUGUGGAUGGCAAAUGGACUAAUACUUGAAACAUCCAUUAAUAAAAACCAAGAGUUGGAAGAUGUUGGGUAUUUGUAUAUAAAUGAGUUGUUGUCGAGAUCUUUCUUCCAAGACAUUGAGAAAGAGAUUCCUAGCAUGCCCUUCUAUACAUUUCAAAUGCACGAUCUCAUCCACGAUCUUGCAAUCUCCGUUGCACAAGGAGAAUGUUCAGUAGUUGACUUGGACAACAAAGACAUUGUUGGAACUGUUCAUCAUGUGUCAUUUUCAAAAAUGGGUCAAGAAGUUCCAAAAUGCUUAGACAAGUUAUUGAAUGUGCAUACCGUUAUACCCACUAUAGACUUUCAACCACUCCCAUUGUCCUUAGCUGAAGCAUGCAUCUUGAGAUUCAAGUACUUGCGAGUGCUUGAUUUAAGUUUUUCAUCUUUUGAGGUGUUGCCAAAAUCUAUUAGUACUUUAAAGCAUUUGAGAUACCUAGACCUAAAUAAUAAUGCAAGAAUCAAAUUACUUCCUAAUUCAAUUUGCAAGCUACACAAGUUGCAAACAUUACUACUUGGUGGAUGUAUGUCACUUGAACGGUUGCCCAAAGAUGUUAGUAACAUGAUUGGCCUUAGGAGUUUGAUAGUGACAACAAAGUACACGUGCUUGUUGGAGAAUGGAUCCAUGAAUUCUCUUCGGUAUUUGGUUGUAUUUCAAUGUCCGAGAUUAGAUGUCUUGUUUCAAGGAAUGGACGGGUGCCUCACCAACCUUUGGACACUGACAAUAAAUCAGUGUGCAAGUUUGACCUCUUUGUCACUCAGUAUCAAGCACCUAACCGCCUUAAAGAACUUGUACAUUGUUCAAUGUCCAAAUCUUAGUUUGAGGGGAGAAGAAGACAAUCAGGCUCUCAAGCCCAGCCUCCGAAAUUUGACGAUUCUUAAUUUACCGAAGUUGGAGGCUUUGCCUCAAUGGUUACAAGGAUCUGUUAAUACUUUACAACACCUAUGCAUUGUAGGUUGUGUGAACUUUACGGCCUUGCCUGAGUGGCUGCCAACUCUCAAAUCACUUCACACACUUGAGAUUAUCAACUGUCCCAAGUUAUCAUCUCUUCCGAAGGGAACAAAUCAUCUCACUACGCUAAAAAAAGUAGUAAUUGAAGGUUGCCCUGAAUUGGAGAGGGUCCAGAGGGAAAUGCAAAUAGGAAGUUCAGCCCUAAAUCGCUCAUACGAGAGGUCUUACUUGAUGAGGAAACAGGAGCUACUUCAACGUAAGAAGAUGAUAUUGAGACAUUUGCAGUAAUCUUCAUGCCAGGAGUUGAGCUAUAUAGGACGCUGACAGUGGAAGCCUAAAUGUAACAAAGUUUAAAGUUAUAUGAUCCUUUGUUAAGUUAUAAAUAUAUAUUUCCGUCAUUGUAAUUUGAAUUAAGAGAUGUAAAUAAAACAGCAUUGCUGCCAUUUUAAUUCUUAUUAAGAUUAUUUAAAUGAACAGACAUUUGUAAUUAUAAUUUUGAUUAAGAGAUGUAUACUUUUGUGAC